GAAGCCAUCUGGUAUGUUUCCUGCUUCCUCCCAGCUGAUCCUUGAGGGAGAGUAAGUGAGGGUACAGCCAGAGCCCAGGAGCCAGUUUACACCUAGUGAUGGCAGAGGGACUGGGAAGGCCUGAGUCAAGAGCCCUUCGUGGGCUCUUGGAGUUCCAGUGCUGCUGCCGUAUUUGCUUCUGCCCAGAACUGGCCAGUUCCCAGACACCUUGAGGAAGUGUGGAGCCUUAGAUUCCAUCUUCCCAGCCCAGGGUCAGUUGGGUCUAGAAAAUAUGGCACCUGUGUGGGUCUCCCCACUUGUACCAUGUGGCAGGCUUUAAAAUCACCUCAUUGAACCCUUAGACUAUCACAUGGGACUUGUACAAUUUUAAGCUCCAUGUUAUAGAGGUGGAAACUGAGGCCAAGUGAUCUCUGAGGCCCAAGGCCAGAAAGUGAUGGUAUCCAGACUUGGACCAGGGCUGACUCCAGAGCUAUCCUAUUAACUAGGACACACUACUGCCUCCCUCAGAGGCCAGACGCCAGUUGGAAAGAGGCCCUGAGUGGCCAGCCUCGGCCACCUCUGAGACUCUGUGUCCUGGGCCAGGUACAAUGGCAGAGAAGGUGUUGGUAACCGGUGGGGCUGGCUACAUUGGCAGCCACACGGUGCUGGAGCUGCUGGAGGCGGGCUAUUCACCUGUGGUCAUCGACAACUUCCAUAAUGCCAUCCGUGGAGGGGGCUCCAUGCCCGAGAGCCUGCGGCGGGUUCAGGAGCUGACAGGCCACUCUUUGGAGUUUGAGGAGAUGGACAUCUUGGAUCAGGCAGCCCUGGAGCGACUCUUCAAGAAGCACAGCUUUAUGGCGGUCAUCCACUUUGCGGGGCUCAAGGCCGUGGGCGAGUCAGUGCAGAAGCCUCUGGAUUAUUACAGAGUUAACCUGACAGGAACCAUCCAGCUUCUGGAGAUCAUGAGAGCCCAUGGGGUGAAGAACCUGGUCUUCAGCAGCUCAGCUACCGUGUAUGGAAACCCCCAGUACCUACCCCUGGACGAGGCCCACCCCACAGGUGGCUGUACCAACCCCUACGGCAAGUCCAAGUUUUUCAUUGAGGAAAUGAUCCGGGACCUGUGCCAGGCAGAUAAGACCUGGAACGCAGUGCUGCUGCGGUAUUUCAACCCCACGGGCGCCCAUGCCUCGGGCUGCAUUGGGGAGGAUCCCCAGGGCAUCCCCAACAACCUCAUGCCCUAUGUCUCCCAGGUGGCAAUUGGGCGACGGGAGGCACUGAAUGUCUUUGGCAACGACUAUGACACAGAGGAUGGCACAGGCGUCCGGGAUUACAUCCACGUUGUGGAUCUGGCCAAGGGCCACAUUGCAGCCCUGAGGAAACUGAAGGAUCAGUGUGGCUGCCGGAUCUACAACCUGGGGACAGGUACGGGCUAUUCGGUGCUGCAGAUGGUCCAGGCCAUGGAGAAGGCCUCCGGGAGGAAGAUCCCGUAUAAGGUGGUGGCACGGCGGGAAGGUGAUGUCGCUGCCUGUUAUGCCAACCCAAGCCUGGCUCUCCAGGAGCUGGGUUGGACAGCAGCCUUAGGGCUGGACAGGAUGUGUGAAGAUCUAUGGCGCUGGCAGAAGCAGAAUCCCUCAGGCUUUGGUGCACAGGCCUGAGACCCUCUCCUACCAUGGACCGGAAACUAAAAAGAGAAACAACUGCCUGCUCUCCAGCAUCUGGCGGGAACCCAGCCUGCCCUACCUCAAACCCCAGCCAGGACCUUUCAGCUCACAGGCACGAGGCCAAGGGCUCCAAUAAUCAGGAGUUGGGUGUCUCUAACUAUUCUCUUCCACAGGGUCUGGGGACCCAUCAGGAUCACCAAGAGCAGGUGGGGGAGGGAGGGUCCUGAGACAAUGCCCUACUCCCAGGAACUAAUUUAUACUGCUAUGAAGGAACUCUCCAAAGUAUUUAAAAUAAAAAGUUUUCUUACACUGGA